CCGGCAAUGUGACCGAUUCGAAUCAUUCAGGUGUGAGCCAACGACGAGCUGAUCCAACAAUGAAAACGCAAGUGGCGCUACUUUUAGUCCUGGCGGCCAAUGUGGCCAUCGUGGUGGCACGGCCGGAGCCGCCUAGGCCCCGAUAUGGUGCACCGCCGCCGCCGGCACCACAAAAGGAAUACGGACCACCACAGCCGGCCCAACCGCUGCCCGUCUAUGGACCGCCGGCUGCUUUCUACGGUCCGCCGGCGCCGCCCACAGCCGAGGCGAUCGUCACCAAGAACGUAUAUGUGCAUGUCCCGCCCGAGGAGCCGGAGCUGUAUCCCGCCGCGUCGCCGAUCCAGACUUCGGUGCCCAAGAAGCACUACAAGAUCAUCUUUAUAAAGGCGCCGAACCCGCCCACGCCAGUGCGCCAGGUGCUGCCUCCGCCGGUGCAGGAUGAACACAAAACCUUGGUCUAUGUGCUGGUCAAGAAGCCCGAGGAGCAGCUGCCAGUCAUCCUGCCAUCGCCCGCCCCAACGGAGCCCAGCAAACCCGAAGUGUACUUCAUCAAGUACAAACAGCAGCCAAAGCCUGCCCCCCAAUACGGACCGCCUGCCGUUGCCGCCGUGCCAGCCGAUGAGUACGGUGCACCGCCAGCACCGCGCACACUGGAGCAGUUCUAAGGAUUCUGAAGACUACGUCCCGUCCAAAGACUCAUACACACACA